GUGUGCUUUACCGUUGCUCCCAUGUUCGGAAUCGCAUUUUUUUCGUCGAAGAGAGCGGACGUGCUGCUCUAGGCUGGCGCAUCGCAUCACCGUGUUUUCGAUUUUCGAUUACGUUCUGGCGCGUCGACCGACGUCGUGUGUUUUUUGUUUAAUUUAUUUUGUUCAGUUGUUGCGUUGUUAUUAACUUUUUUUGUAUUUUACUACCACUACGUUUCACUUGUACAAUUUUCUGUUCUCUGCAGUUUGCGCGCGGGCCUUUUUGUGUGUUUUUUAGUUAUUUUUUUUUCGCUUCUGCCACCUGUACAAGUGUGCUGGGGAAGAUAGUUCGAAAAUAGAGCGAUUUUUUUCUUAAAGUCGUUGCCGGCUUUUGCUGACGUUCCUCAAUUCUACAUUAUUCCGUAUCUAAUUCUUGCAAAUAAAAAAAUAAUAACUAAAAUUCAUAAGAAAUAAUAAUAAAGACUAAAGAGUGUGGAGCGAGAAGAAGAAGUGCAAGUACAAGUCGCUUUUUAUCAGCAGAUAUCGCGUAUACGACGCGUGUUACCUUGAAGGUGAAAAGGAAAAUUGUGCCACCCACUCCCCCCCCAAGUGAUUCUGUGUGUGUGUGUGUAGCCGAAUAUUAAGUAAAUUACAACAACAACAACAUCAAAAACAAUAAUGGUAUAACAAGCAAGCACAUCACUUACUAUUAAAUUAUAUUACAAGUUACAUGCUGGGGGCAGAACACAAAACAAAAAAAAAAUCACAAAAACAAAAAAAUAUAAAAAACCAAAAACAAAAUAAUCAAGCGAAACAAGGCAAAAAAAAAAAAAGAAUACACAACAAAAAACAAAAACAAACAAUAACAACGGCAGAGACAGCGAAAAGAACGUUUAAGUGAGCAGCAGCUGCGACGUUGAAGUCAACGUCGACUGAAGCAGCGACAGAAGGUGCAACAGAAAAAACUACAACAACAAAAGCAACAACAACAGCUUAAAUAGCAACAAAAUGUCGAAAAACUUUUGAGCCAGAAAAAUGCAAGCGGCCAUGGACACGGCCGCCAUGGCCAUCUCUGUGGGUGCACCCGGAUCCGGCUCGGUUUCCGGCUCCAGUUCCGGCCCCGGCAGCAGCAGCAGCAGUGGGAGCAGCAGCAGCGGCUAUGGCAGUGCCACAACCACGCCCACCGGUGCUGGUCACUACGAGGCGUCGCCCACUUCGAUGCCCAUGGCCACGAUAGCCACGGUGGCUCCGUUCUACAGCGAAGCCCUGACCUCGCUGGAUGCCCAGCAGCGGCAGCAACACCAGCAACAGCAGCAGCAACAGAAUCCGGGUCAUUUCUAUCACCAGAACUACGGAUACGGAAGCUCCAUGCCCCUGGAUCCGGCCUACAACUAUACGGCGCCGUCCUACAAUGCCUACAGUGCGCCAUCUAGCGGCGGCUUGGGGCAACAGUUGUCCGGGAACUCGUACGCCGUGAGUGCCGGUCGCUACGAAAAGUUGGCGCCCAGCUCGGGGGCCAAGUACAUGGGGAAUACGAUCGGAGGAAGUGGGGGUGGUGCAAAGCCCCAGGCCACGGCCACGCCCUUUUACGCCCAACCUCUGUCCGGCGGAAUAAGCAGCACCGGAGGCUACAUGUCACAAUCGAGUUCCAUGUACGAUCCGUACACAAAAUACAAAAUGCCCGCCCAAGCCACGCCCCAAACGCAACUGCCGUCGAUGAUGAUGCCGGGUAGCCAGGCGGCUACAGCUCCGGGUCCUACUGCUGGCCAGCUGUACGGACACCUGGGCAGCCAGAAGCAAUCGAUGCAGAUGGUCCAGCAGCCCCAGCAGCAAUCCCAACAGCCACCGGCCGGGCAGCUAACCCAACUGGAGGCCAACUAUGCGGCCAUCAAGCCAAGCAGAAGCUACCAGGGGAUGCCAUCAUCAGCGAUCUAUGGCGGAGGAGCUGGUGGCAAUACCGGAUCAAUGAGCAACACUCUGGCGGGGACAACGUCGGCGCAGUACUACGACAAGUACGGAAUGCCAGUGUCCAUGUACUCGCCGAACGGCGGACUCCCCAUGUACACUACGCCGGAGCUGGCGGCGGAUACGGCGUACAGAAAAUCGGGCAACUGGGGCAUGGACUACAACACGCCGAACUGCAGGUCCUUGGCGCCAGUACCGCCGGUGGCCAAUAGCUCGUACCAUCACACGCAUCCCGGGCAAGGAUCUGGUCACGGACAUGGACCUGGUCAUGGCCCAACGGCUGCUGCUCCGAGCGACAUAUUCUACAGCUCCACGAAGUACGACAAGUACGGGAGUUCCGGAGUGACUGGCUAUCCCAGCAAUCCGUAUGCGGGUACUGCAAUCUCCCAACCCUACGCCGGAAGGAACUUAUGGUCCGGGGCGGAGAACCCACCGCCAGCCCCGAAUCCGCGCCAGAACUGCUGCGUCCAGGGCUAUCCGCUGACCCAGCAGAGCUGCUACUACCCGAGAAGCAAUGGCUACGGCUAUGCCACACCCGGCAGUGCCGUCCCGCCCCAAACCCAGCCGCAAUAUCCUGUGGGCAGUGGUGGCGCCACCGCUCCCCCACCCAUGAAGCUCAAGCAUCCCACGGACAUGUAUGUGGGUCAUGGAUCCCCUUACGACACGAAUCCUACGCAGCUCGGCUAUGGCUACAAUCCGCAAUCCAUGCCCGGAGCAGGCUCCUCCAAUAGCAUGAGCAGCCAGAGAUACGUUCCGGCGCCUCUGGGGCUGGGGAUGAGCAUGAGCAUGGGCAUGGAUCCGGGCAGUGCCGGGGGCUACUACAACGAUCUCAACCUGAACAGCCUGGACAGCUACGGGCCGCCGCAGAUGCCACCGCAGCAGACGUUGCGAUCGCAGCCGUAUCCGCCGGAUUACCGCAAGAGAUCCGCCAUGGUGGCCUCCAACUCGAGCAUUUCGGCGGGGAAUCCGUGCUAUUUGGGUCAGGGGUCCGGCAACGGAGUGCCAAUGGGUGGUCCGCUCACCAAUCCCAUGGACAGCCAUGUGAUGGACAACUACGUGGGCUACAACCUCCAUGCCAGCGCCUCCGCCAACCUAAGCUUCAGUGUCGAGGCCACAAAGGGAUCCGCGAACGCCCAGACCAACAACAUUCGGGACUUCCUCUCCACCUGGAAGGUGGACGACGAGGACGAGGCCGCGGCCGGGGUGGCUGAGCUGGUGGAGGCCCCAGCCGUGGCUGUGGUGGCACCCACCGUUCCCAGCAACCAGAACUUCAUGUACGAAUCUCUGCCGCCCACGGGACCACAAGCCACUGCCGUGGCCGUGGACCACCAGGGCAUCAAUCUGCCGGACAUCAUCAUCGACAUUGGAAAGGCCAGUGGCGGCCCGGUGGAGGACUCCUUUGGCAGCUUCGAUGUGGAGAAGGAGCUGGAUGAGCUGCGGCUCAAGACCAGUGUCUCCGAGCAGCCGGUCCACGACAGCAGUAGCGACGCCCUGGCCGAGAUUCUCCGCCAGCCCGAGACGGCAGCUCCUCUUGUGGUGGAGCAGCCGUUGCCCUCUCUACCAAUGCCAAGUCCCAUCCUCAACAACAACGAAGCCUUCGUGAAUCCUCCCACAGCGCUAGACUUUGACCAGAACAACAGUUCCAACUCGAAUGAAUCCAACUUUGCCAAGGAGUACGAGACCUUCAUCCACAAAAUCGAUGGAUCGGAAAGGGAGAUCGAGGGGGCUGAUGGCCAGGACCGGGAGAAUCCCAAGCGGUUCAAGUUCUACAAGAGAAAGCGAAGGAUCACAGAGCCGGCACAGGAGGAUCUGGCGAAGGAGCAACAGGUGGGGGAAGCUAACAAAACCACGCAGAAAGUGUCCCUCUCUCCUAAGAAGCUGCUGGCCAAGAAGCGACGCAAUCGCAUCAAGAUGUUGCAGAUUCUGGAGUUCGAGAGUCCAAGGAUCAAGUAUGUGCAUUACUUCAAGUCCCUGAAGCGGCUGAGGAAGCGAUAUGCCUCGAGUAGGACCAGAGAGCUCCGGGCCAUCCUCACGAAGAAGCAGCUGACGAGAACCAAGGAACGCCGCCUGCCGCUCAUCAAGCGCCUGAUAAAGAAGUACGAGUCUGGCCCGGCAUCUGGUGUCCAUAAUCCCCAGAGUCUCAAGGGCCUGAGUGUCACCGCCCUGAACUCCUCCGAAUUCAGGAGCAGUCUGAUAACCGGAGCGAACCGGGAAACCGUCAUCAAGAGUGUCCACAGCUACAAAGACAAGACGGAGGCAGUGCAUCAUGACCAGCAUUUGGAUGAGCCCCCAAGAUCAGUGGAGCAGCAGUGCUUCUUCAAGGGAUUCGAUGAUACGGAGAACACAAAUUUGUCGCCGAAGAUCAAGUUGAGAGCCGAUGAGGAGAUGAGUGAGAAGGACAUGACAGAAGUUCAGAAGCCCUCUGAACCAGCAGGGGAGGAAGUGUCUCCCAACAAGGAUGAGCAGAUCCAUGCCUGGCUGAGAAACCAGGAUGCCCCCAAACAGCCUGCAGAGCCAGCCAAAACCCUGACCAGCAUAGUUCUCUCCUCGUCCUCGUCGUCAUCUUCGAGCUCCAGUUCCAGCAGCUCCAGUUCGGGCAAUGACGACUCCUCCAGUUCGAGUAGCCAGGACGGAGAAGCCUCCUCGAGCAGCAGCAGUAGCUCCAGUAGCAGCAGCAGCUCGGGAAGCUCUGUGGCGGGAGAGGAAAGCGAUUUCAACGAGCUGGCUGCCCUGGAGAAGGAGCUCUCCCAGUCACAAAAAGGAGAGCCCAAAGCGGAGCCAUUGCCCAUGGACACAACAGAGAAGGUGGACCCAUCGGGGUCACAAACCGAACCGGAGGAGGUCUCCAACCAGGAUAUUGCCAAGCUGAAGCAGAUCCUGGAGAGCGAUGGCGAGGAGGUGGCUUCGAUCAGCUCCGCCGGCGCCCGAGUACCGAAGCUAAGUGACCUUAGUAAGAUUGCCUUAAAUAGUUCCUUAAAACCCAGAGAGUUAGUCGUAAGUCGAGACGGAGCAUCCGAAGGAUCUCCGCGAGUGAAAGAGCCCGCUCAUCGAGAACUGAGCGUUGAGGAGGCGCUGGCGGAGAUGUAUCAGCAGAUUGGAGUGGCCUCCGAUCCGGAGGAUUUCGAGGGCAAGGAUGGCGGGGACGAGGGCGAUGAGCCCAAUCCGAACGGGCAGGACGUCCUGCUCAUCAAUCUGGCCGAGAUCUUCGACUCCAGCAGCGAUCUCUAUGUGGUGCAGUGCGACAUGAACGAGAAUAUCCUGGGCGUGGUGACCAGCGGCGAUGAGGACCAGGAGAUGCCCGGCCCGGAUCAGUUGAAUCUCGUCCAGGUUAAUCCCGAGGAGGAGGAGCAGGUGAACACCCUGCAACUGAUCCAGUUGCUAGCGGAACCCCAGCCAGAAUUCGAGACACCGCUGAUACAUCACGAGGAGAUCGUCCACCCGGAGGCGGAUGGGGAGGAGAAUCGGAAUCCCCGCCAGUUGCUCAAAUAUCUUCACGGCAAGUAUGUCCAGAGCCGUGUCAGUCGCUACUACCAUGCCAAUCGGGUGCUGAGGAAGUACCGGCGCCAAAGGGCUCGUCCUUCCCGACGAAGGCGGUCCAAAUAGGAGUCUAUCAGCUUCUACCAAAGAUUAAUACCGAUCCCCAUGGACAGGAUCGAAGGCGUGCCUAAUUUGGAUACUAAUUUAGAGAACCACAUCCACGUAGAAAUGAUUUUUUUUACGACACUUUACUACAGAAUCUCAAGACUUUUUUUCUAAUAUUUGGAUUUGUUUUAGAAAAAGGAAAAUAAUAUAAUAUAAUAUACUAUAUAGUUGAUGUUUUAGGGAAAAUAAUAAUUUUUAAAGUUUA